AUGGCAAGGCCACGCCGCCUUGUGCUGUGGUUCCUGUUGUUCGCUGUCGUGCUUCUCCUGCUGGCCUACUCCCUCCACUUCGCACCCUUCUCCGCCUGCGAAUGUGAGACCGACCACCACCGCCGCCAUCAUCACCACCCACCAGGCCCCCACCAUCGUCGUCAUUACGACCCUAUAACUCCGAAGCCCGAUAAGGCCGACCUGGAGCCGGCCGAGCUUGAUCCGUUCCGAGUACCCUGGGGCACCUUCGUCUCGCAGCCGUCGGGGCGGCGCGUGCAGGUCAUCUCGGUGAGCCAGGACCACCGCCCCCUGCCCACCACCCCCUCCCUGCCCGCCCACCUCCGCUCCCGCACCUUCCACCACCUCGCCACCACCACGCCGCCGACAGACGGGAACCACCUGCUGCACAUAUUUCAGAUUCAUCUGGCGCUCAACAGCACCUUCUUCGACAUUGAGGGCGACAUCGAGACACCGACGGCGUACACCUUCCAGACGGUCGAGCUCUGGUGGCCCAGCCAAGCUGGUGAUGGUGGUGGUGAGGAUGAUGGGGCCGGUGGCCCGGUCAAGAAGCUGACGGCGCAGGCCAUCACCCUCGACGAGCCGUUGAACGCGGCCUACCGAUACAAGGUCGCCCGGCCGCAGUACCUGGAGCUCAUCGUGCGCUGCGCGUUCCUCCUGUCCGACGACGCCGCAGACGAACUGCUGCGACGACGGCGCGAGGUGCGGUUCGCCGUGUUCGCCGCGCGCGAGGUGGCCUUCUUCCCGCUCGACCACGUGCUCCACUUCCCGCGCGCCACCAGUCUGCUGCCCAUCGCGCCCACGGAGACCGGCGCACGCGACUGCCACCAUCGGCUGGCGACGGCGCCGUGGGCCAACAGCAGCAGCGGCGUGGCGUCGAUCGUGCGCGCCAGCGGGGCCGACGCGCGCGUGCGCGUGGGCGCGUGGAUCACCAAGAAGUUCACGUGGACCGACGACGACGAGCUCUGGCUGCUGUGGACGCUCGACGUGGUGGGCGUCGACCACGUCGUGCUCCACCUGGCCACGCGCCAGCUGAGCCUCGAGUCCAUGCGGCAGAGGCUGGCGCGGCACCCGGGCGUGCUGGAGCGGGUCACGCUGGUGGGGGUCGACGCGCCGGGCCGCGACGACCGGGUGACGUACUGCUACCUGCAGGAGCUGCUCGUGUGGGACGGGUUCGUGCGGUGGCAGGCCGACUUCGAUUUCGUGUUUCUGGUCGACACCGACGAGUUCGUGCAGCUGUUCGAGCGCGAGGCGCCGCACAGGCGGAUCGACGCCAAGACCUUCAUCGCGCGCAAUCGCGAGCGGCUGCAGACCGGCGGCCACGCCUACAUGAACCGGCUGCGGGUCGGCCGCACGCAGGACCACAGCACCGCCGAGGCCCAGUUGCCGGCGUUUCUUAACGGCAUGGCCGACUUCGAUUUCGUGUUUCUGGUCGACACCGACGAGUUCGUGCAGCUGUUCGAGCGCGAGGCGCCGCACAGGCGGAUCGACGCCAAGACCUUCAUCGCGCGCAAUCGCGAGCGGCUGCAGACCGGCGGCCACGCCUACAUGAACCGGCUGCGGGUCGGCCGCACGCAGGACCACAGCACCGCCGAGGCCCAGUUGCCGGCGUUUCUUAACGGCAUGGUCUCCCUCGAUGGGGCGCAGAUCCAGGAGCUGACAGAUGCGGGCAGUGGCGGGUGGGAGAGCCAGGGGAAGAGCCUGUUCUUCGCGAACGGGGCGGUGCAGCCUUACCUGCACUGGAGCGUGGGCUACCCGAAGGACAAGUGGGCAGUCGAAGAAGCGCACAUCCUGCACGUGCGCAAGAGCGCCCACCAUGACUGGGCCAAUGGCCCACUGACCUGGUGGUUGCACCACCUUCGUGGAAGAUAA